UUGUCGCGUGUAGUAACUAGCAUUCCAAUUACGAUGAAACUGGUAGUAUUGGUAAUAUUGUUUAUUGAACUGACAGCAGCUCAGUUCAACAGAAUAUUCUGUUCUUAUAAUGAGUUUUGCAUUGACAUUACCAAAUGUCCCGCGUAUAAAAACUACACCGAAGUUAAAUUUCGAAACUGGCCGGAAAGCUUACGAUCAAUGGCAAGGGGCAAUUUGUGCAACCAGGAAAGCGUCAACACAACGGUGGUACUCAGCGUCUGCUGUCCGUCGGUUAUGAAUAACAGGACCUGCGGCACUCAAGGAGACGAUCGGAUAUCCAAAGGCCAAGUGGCGAAGCCAUUCGAAUUUCCAUGGAUGGCGCUGCUACGGGACAAAACUGGUGGAUUUGUCUGCGGCGGAACACUCAUAAGUAGUCGAUAUGUCCUCACAGCUGCCCAUUGUACUAAGUAUGCAGCUAUAGUAUCGGUAAGGUUAGGAGAAAACGACAUCAAUCAAGAUGAGGAUUGCAUAGUUCUAGAUGGCGAAAGAGAGUGCGCCCCUCCACCGCAGGACAUUGCAGUUGAAAUGAAAAUUCAGCAUCCCAGUUAUAGCGAUAGGUACAAGAAGAACGACAUCGCUCUUCUUCGAUUGCAAAAAGCAGCUACUUUGCACAAUAGUGUUAAAACGAUUUGCCUCCCGGACGGAACCCCAGGUCAGCGGAUGCUGGAACCAUCGUCCUACACCGUGUCCGGUUGGGGAAUGACCGAGCACGGCACAAUGUUCGACGUGCUUAGAUACGCUGUGGUACCAUCAGUCUCACUGGAGAGAUGUGCCGUAAGCGUGCGUAAUCUACUUUCUGCAGUGCGACUGGACACGAGUCACGUUUGUGCCGGUGGAAUUGAUCAGAUUGACAACUGUUCCGGAGACUCCGGUGGACCGUUACAGUACAUUUCCAAUACAACGUCCCGGUUUGUCCAGCAGGGUGUCAUUUCAUUUGGAAUUCGGUCCUGCGGAAAGGAAAGUGAACCAGGUGUGUACACUAACGUGGCACAUUUUAUCAGUUGGAUCUUUGAGCAUGUGGAUGAAUAGUGAUGAACUUUCUUAAGGUGAAGCGGAACGUCAUUCAACAAUGGCUGUCUUUGCCAUGUA